AUGCGUUUGAUUUCCCUUCCACAGCUGGAUCUCAUCAUCAUUCACCAGCAGGUGGAGCUCCUCGGAAAUGGACAGAGCCAAAAGAGGAGAGGGGCGCCCGGCCUCCUCCCGGGAGCUGGGGACCCCGACGGAGGCCUUCCCGUCUCCUCGGCCGGCCCGGGGGCUCCGGCCCCCCGCAGCUGCCUGCCCCAGACAGCCAGCCUCCCUCCCGGGCUGGAAGAUCUAAGCCAGCUGGAUCUCAUCAUCAUUCACCAGCAGGUGGAGCUCCUCGGAAUGAUCCUUGGCACUGAGACUGCCAAUAAGUACGAGAUCAAAAACAGCUCGGGCCAAAGGAUUUACUUCGCGGUGGAGGAGAGCCUGUGCUUCAACCGCAACGUGUGCUCCAAGCUGCGGUCCUGCAGCCUGCGCGUCUCAGACAACGCGGGCCGGGAGGUGAUCACGGUGCACAGACCCCUGCGCUGCGGCAGCUGCUGCUGCCCCUGCUACCUGCAAGAGGUCGCUGAGAUCCAAGCCCCUCCCGGCACGACGGUCAGUUACGUGGUGCAGAAGUGGGACCCCUUCCGGCCCAAAUUCACAAUCCAAAACGCAAACAAAGAGGAUGUUUUGAAGAUCGUCGGUCCGUGUGUAACCUGCGGCUGCUUCGGGGACGUGGACUUCGAGGUGAAAACCAUGAAUGAGAAGCUGACAGUCGGGAAGAUCUCCAAGUACUGGUCGGGCUUCGUGAAUGACAUGUUCACCAACGCCGACAACUUUGGAGUCCACGUGCCCGCCGACCUGGACGUGGCCUUCAAGGCUGCUAUGAUCGGGGCCUGCUUCCUGUUUGACUUUAUGUUCUUUGAACAUUCACUAGCCGGCUUAUAACAAGCAAGACGGAGCAAAGGAUAAAAUAUGCAGAGCAUCCUUCGAUAUCCCUUGGGCCCUGGAUUUUACUUCUGAAUGGUCUGCACAUUUGUUCUUCCUCUUCUUUUAUUUUUUUUGGUAAUAAAAUGUUAAUUAUCAUGUUUAUUAAAAUACAGUUUAAUGAGGCAAUUAUCUGGUUGUGAAUGCAAGAUUAGCUAAGUCUACCGUUCCUGGCUUGGCCCAGCAUUGCUUUCUGAGGUCGCCCUUCUCUCUUUUUCAUCCUUUUGAAGUAACUGCAAUGCUGAGCAUGAAA